AUGGCUAAACGCAGCGUACUCUUUGAACUCUUUAUUGUCAUCAACAUCAUCUUUUUCAUCUCUUCUAUAUGUUGUCCUGAAUAUCAAAAGCAAGCCCUUCUCCAGUUCAAAUCCUUCUUCAUCAAAGCUACCAACUCUUCUUCAGCCUUGGCAUCAUGGAAUGCAAGUUCAGAUAAUUGUUGUCAAUGGGACAGGGUCAUGUGUACUUCUCACUCAAAUUCGGGGUCUGUGACUGCUCUUUAUCUUGACUCUAUUGUUUCUGAUCCCAUGAUGGUUAAUUCCGCGGUCUUAUCACCACUCUUUCAUGUUAAAAGCUUGAUGUAUCUUGACAUAGGCGAAAAUAACUUUCAUGGUGAAAUACCUAGGAAAGGGUUUGCUAACCUCACAAAGUUAGUUUAUCUCGAAAUGAUGUUUAAUAAUUUCACAGGCACCAUUCCUUCUCAGAUUUUUCACUUGAAGAAUCUUCAAUAUCUUGACUUGAGUGGCAAUGCACUUAGUGGCAAAAUAAGCCAGGAAAUGUUUUCUCUUCAGAACUUGAGGAUAUUGCGAUUGGCAGGUAAUUUUCUUGAAGAAUGCAUUCCGGAUGAGAUUGGGAACCUCAAGAAAUUGCAGGAGCUGACUCUUUACCACAACAAGUUCUCUGGUGGGAUUCCCCCUUCAAUUUCUUCUUUGAAGGAGUUGUAGGAUUUGGACCUGUAUGAUAAUCUUUUAUCAAAGGAGAUUCCAGUUGAAAUUGGUGACUUAACCAACCUGACACGUUUGGAUUUGAGUGAUAACAAGCUGACUGGUGGAAUCCCCUCGUCCACACAGAAACUAAGGAAGUUGGAAACACUUAAAUUGCAGAGCAACUUGCUGUCUGGAGAAACUCCAUCUUGGUUGUUUGAUAUCUAGAACCUGAAGUAUUUGUUUAUAGGAGGCAAUAAUCUGACUUGGAACAGCAGUGCAAAGAUAGUGCCCAAGUGUAUGCUCUCUCAGUUAUCUCUGAAAUCAUGUGGACUUGCAGGAUUAAUCCCAGAUUGGCUUUCAACACAAAAGAGCCUUUUUUCGUUGGAUUUGAGUGCGAACAAGCUUGAAGGACCCUUCCCACUAUGGCUUGCAGAAAUGGAACUUAGCAUCAUAGCUCUGUCAAGUAAUGAACUUUCGGGUUCUCUUCCAUCGCGCCUCUUCCAAUUUCAAAGCUUAGUAGCGCUUUGUCUAGCAGGGAACAAUUUCUCGGGAGAGUUGCCACAAAACAUCGGAGAUGAUGCUAAAUUGAGUUUUCUUGUAUUGGCUGAUAACAAUUUUUAUGGAAAGAUUCCAACAUCAUUAACAAAAGCUCAUGACCUUGUUCUGUUGGAUUUGUCAAAUAAUAGAUUUACAGGAAGCGCCCCAGUUUUUGCCCCCGAAGGAAACCUUGCAGUCAUUGAUUUCUCCGAUAAUGAAUUAUCAGGUGAGAUUCCAGUCACUUUUUCUAAAAAUAAAGUAAUACUUUCGUUAGAAAAUAACCAUUUCUCAGGCAAUCUGCCUCAGGACCUGACUAACCUCAGCAAACUUUUACAAUUGGAUCUCCACGACAACCAAAUCACAGGUGAAUUACCAAGCUUUCUCUUUCAGAUGUAUACCCUUCAAGAUCUCAUUCUUCGAAAUAACUCCCUCUAUGGUUCAAUUCCUAAUGAAAUUUCCAAUCUAACCAAUCUUCGAAUCCUUGAUGUCCCAUGCAACAACCUCACUGGCAAAAUCCCUGCCAAGAUCGGAUAUCUGGUUGGAAUGACUGAAACAUCAAAUACCUUGCCAUUAAUAUUCUCAAAUUUACCCUCCGUCUUUGAAUCGCUCCAGUUAAAUGACAUGAUAAUCAUUUGGAAGAAGUCAAAACGAGGUCUCUCGAAACAGAACAUUGGGCUCUAUUCUUUGUUAGACCUAUCAAAGAAUAAAUUCUCCGGGAACAUUCCAUCUUCACUAGGUUCUUUAAUUGCACUAAAGGUACUUAACGUCUCAUAUAAUAACCUCUCCGGAAAUAUACGAGCAAGUUUUGGUAAUUUAAAGAAUCUAGAGAGUUUGGACGUGUCACACACACUGUCCGGGCAGAUUCCAGAAGCACUAUCAAAGCUGCAACAAGUUUCUACUUUUGAUGUCAGUAACAACAAGCUAGUGGGAAAAAUCCCGGUUGGUGCCCAGAUGGAUACAAUGAUUGAUCCAAACUCAUAUGCUAAUAACAGCGGAUUGUGUGGUAAGCAAAUAUACAAGCCAUGUUCAGAAGAGUUGUCACCAACAGUGCCACAAGAGAAUGAAAAGAAGGCGGCAUGGUUUUCGUGGGAAGCAGUGGGGAUUGGAUACUCUGUUUCUUUUUUCUUGACAGUCCUGAUUAUAUUUUUCUCUGGAUAUUUUCAUGUAGCAACGCCUCCUAGGGUUCGAAGAAGAAGGCUGAAUGGUUAA